AUGCUGCCAAAGACAACCAUCAGCUCGGUGGCGGCGGGCGCGCUGACCUUGUUCUCCGCACGAGGGCACGCGAGCAGCGCGCCUGGCUACGAUUCGCCCGCUUACUAUCCGGCGCCGUACGGGGGCUGGGUAGACGAGUGGAGGGACAGCUACAGCAAGGCGAAGAAACUGGUUGAUUCCAUGACGCUGGCCGAAAAGACCAACAUCACGGCCGGAACGGGUAUUUUUAUGGGGUAUGUGACUUGGCCCAGACGCUGCAAUGGAAACACCGGAUCGGCACCCCGUGUGGGCUUCCCCAUGCUGUGUCUCGAAGAUGGAGCCAGCGGCGUCCGGCAGGCGGAUCACGUCACUGCCUUUCCCGACGGCAUCACCGCCGGCGCCACCUUUGACAAGGCGCUGAUGUACCAUCGCGGCGUGGCCAUGGGCAAGGAAGCGCGCGGCAAGGGCGUCAACAUCCUGCUCGGCCCUACGGUUGGUCCGAUCGGACGAAAGCCCAAGGGCGGUCGCAACUGGGAAGGGUUCGGCGCCGAUCCCGCACUGCAGGCCGUCGGCGCGCGUGAGACCAUCAAGGGUAUCCAGGAGCAGGGUGUCAUUGCGACCAUUAAGCAUCUGGUGGGCAACGAGCAGGAAAUGUACCGCAUGUACAAUCCGGUCCAGCAAGCCUACAGCUCCAACAUCGAUGACCGUACUCUUCAUGAAGUGUAUCUGUGGCCCUUUGCUGAAGGUGUCCAUGCGGGCGUAGGGGCUGCCAUGACUGCCUAUAACGCUGUCAACGGAUCCGCAUGCAGUCAGAACUCUAACCUCAUCAAUGGCAUUCUCAAGGAUGAGCUCGGCUUCCAGGGUUUUGUGAUGAGCGACUGGCUUGGCCACAUGUCUGGUGUAGGGUCCGCGCUCGCCGGGUUGGACAUGGACAUGCCUGGCGAUACGCAGAUUCCGCUCUUUGGCUAUAGCUACUGGAUGUUUGAGCUGACCAGGUCUGUUCUCAACGGCUCGGUGCCAAUGACACGCCUCAACGACAUGGCAACGCGCAUUGUCGCGACUUGGUAUCAUAUGGGCCAAGAUCAGGGCUAUCCAGCCACCAAUUUCCACUACAACACCAGAAACGAGAAGGGCUCAUUUUAUCCUGCUGCUUUUCCGGAAUCGCCUAUUGGGGUGGUAAAUGACAACAUCGACGUGCGGGCGGACCAUGAUGUUGUGGCUCGACAGGUCGCACAGGAUGCCAUCACGUUGCUCAAGAAUGACGGCGGACUGCUCCCGCUCUCGGAGGAGCGAUCCAUCAAAGUGUUUGGCACUGAUGCCGCCAAAAACCCCGACGGACCAAAUGCAUGCUCCGACCGAAACUGCAACAAGGGCACGCUUGGCCAGGGCUGGGGCAGCGGCACCGUAGACUAUACGUAUCUUGAUGAUCCGAUUGGUGCUCUGCAGGCCCGAGCUAAAAAUGUGACUCUGUACAACACAGACUCGCUUCCUCUAUUCUUGCCCAAGCCGGCAGACGAAGACAUUGCAAUUGUCUUUGUUAGCUCCGAUUCUGGCGAAAAUACGUAUACCGUCGAGGGCAAUCACGGUGACCGCGACGCUUCCAAGCUCAACGCCUGGCACAAUGGCGACAAACUUGUGCAGGAUGUUGCCAACAAGUACCAGAAUGUGAUUGUGGUUGCCCACACAGUCGGUCCACUGGUGCUGGAGAAAUGGAUUGAGCUGCCGACCGUAAAGUCGGUGCUAGUUGCCCAUCUUCCAGGCCAAGAAGCCGGUCGUUCUCUUGUCGAGGUUCUGUACGGCGAUGUGUCGCCGAGCGGACACCUACCGUACAGCAUCACGCAUGCUGAGGAGGACAUGCCCAAGAGCGUGACGGACUUGAUCAACUUUGAGCUCGGUAACCAGGCAGAUGACGACUACACCGAGGGUCUGUACAUUGACUACCGAUGGUUGAACAAGCAAAAGAUCAAGCCCCGCUACGCCUUUGGACAUGGCCUCAGCUAUACCAAGUUCAACUUCAGCGGCGCAUCCAUCACCAGGGUCACGCCGCUUGCCAAAACCCCUCCUGCCCGUGCCGAGAAGACAGGCAUCCUAGACUAUUCGCAAAAGAUUCCCGACGCGAGCGAAGGUGUCGCGCCCGAAGGUUUCCACAAGAUCUUCCGGUACAUCUACUCGUGGCUGCAAAAGUCCGAAGCCGAAGCCGCCGUCAAGGACGCCGCCAGCAAGAAAUACCCGUACCCCUCUGGCUACUCGCCGGAGCAGAAGCCCGGGCCCCGCGCUGGCGGCAGCCAGGGCGGCAACCCCGCGCUCUGGGACACGGCCUACACGCUCUCGGUCGCGGUGACGAAUGUCGGUGCUCGGUACAGCGGCAAGGCGUCGGUGCAGGCCUACCUGCAGUUCCCGGAUGAUGCCGGCUACGAGACGCCGGUGAUUCAGCUGCGCGAUUUUGAAAAGACCAAGACGCUAACACCCAACGGCACUGAGACGGUCACGCUGCAGCUGACGCGCAAGGAUUUGAGCGUGUGGGACACGAGCAUCCAGGACUGGGUUGUGCCCAAGAUUGACGGGGCGUACAAGGUGUGGAUUGGCCAGGCGAGUGAUGAUUUGGCCACGGUUUGCUACGUGGAGUCGCUGAAGUGCGAGACUGGUGUCAAGGGUCCAGUCUGA